UCCCGUUUCAUGUACGAGACAGCGAUAACAAAUGCUUAAGACGAUCUUAAGGAUAAGCAACGACUCUAAUACCGGCCUAUGACUCGAAACGAUAGUCCUGGUCACUAUGAAAUUAAUUGUGCAAGUACUUACGUUAAAUUGAACAUUGCGAAAUUUUUGGAAAGGCGCGAAGCGUUAUUAGCGUUAAGGCGUGAGAGGGAGGAAGAGCGAUACGAGCAAACAGGGUGGCAUGGAAAAUGAUUUGUCCCGAAGUUAUCUUCCGAGGAUUGCGCGACGCAAGUGAGAAUCGGUCGUCGCACCAUAUCUGUUGGAUUCGUUGAUCCGAUCCGACGCGCAUCGUGACACGAUAUCAGCGUGUCGGCAAGUCGGGACAUCGAAACGGCUAAUUCGAACCGGUGAUCGACAGUAUUUAGGCAGUAUUUAGGGUUUCGAGGAUAUCGAGUCGAGAAGGAUAUCUGGAAAGUUGGUGUCGUCGUAUCAUCUGGCAGAUCGAAGAACAGCGAGUGAGCGAUGGACAAUCAACGAGAUAAGGUUCAAGACGAUGACGAAGAUCCACUUCUGGAUCUACACAGAGAAUACUUAGACGCUGAGUCCUCGGACGAAGAGGAGGCAAAGAAACAACGAAAGGAAGUAGACGAGAUCGAAGAGGAACUCGGACCGACCUACGAUGAACAGGAAUUGUCGGACCUGGUAAACUGCGUGAAAGAUAUGACGACUUUAGGCGGAUUAUCCGAGGACGAUUGGAGUUACUACGUCAAGAUGACGAUACGGGAGUUUAUCACGAGUCCGAACACAAUUACCACUCUCACUCUAUAUUGGUUGCACGACCGGCUGACCGCCUCCCUGUCGUUUCCCUUGAUCCCUGUAUACGAACUGUGUUACUUCGUGAGAGAGCCGCGCGAGAUUCUGCGGAUGGAGACGUUCCGCGAUCAUAUCCUGUUCGGAACGAUCAACGACAAGGUGGAGUACCACCUACUCUCGACGAUGCGAAACGUUUUAGCCCCGGUUUUUCUCAAGAUCGACACUUGGCCUGACAGUAUCCUUCCCUUCUCUUGCGGACACUGCGAUCCACCGUCCACCAAAUGCCUCCGCAGCUGCGUCACGCAAACGCGUGGGGUUUCUUAACUAGCUUUGGUGGAUCGUGUAU